AUGGCAAAACAAUUCUUUGCUAACGUGAAAUCGGUCCUAAGCGGCGACACUCUAGUGCUAACUAGCCAGAGUAACCCGAAUGCGGAGCGUAUUUUUUCAUUGGCCUUCGUUACCGGCCCGCAUCUCAAGAGAGAUGGCGACGAACCCUUCGCCUUCCAGUCCCGGGAUUACCUAAGGAAGCUAGUCGUUGGCAAGGUUGUUCAAUGCUCCAUUCUCUAUACCAUCCCUACGUCUGGAAGAGAAUAUGGUGUUGCCCAGCUCAAAGAAGGGACCAAAUUGCCGGACGAGUUGGUCAAGGCUGGCUGGCUUAAGGUCAGAGAAGAUGCAGGCCGUAAAGAAGAGUCUGAAGAAGUUCUGCAACGACUCGAAACUCUUCGUUCCCUAGAAACAGAAGCCAAGGCCGAGGGGAAGGGGCUUUGGGAAGGCAUUGGUGGAAUCAUCGAAGUCCAAAAUGAUAUCAACAGCCUUGAUAUCGAUGAAUGGAAGGGGAAAAGUAUCGAUGGAGUUGUCGAACGCGUUCUAAGCGGUGAUCGCCUGCUUGUGCGCCUAAAGUUGUCCGACAAGAAGCACCUGCAGGUUAUGACGCUUGUUGCCGGUAUCCGUGCGCCCUCUACGGAGAGAGUUAACCAGUCGACUGGCCAGACUCAACCCGCGGAGGAGUUCGGAAAUGAAGCGCGACAAUACGUCGAACAAAGACUUCUUCAGCGUGAUGUCAAGGUCGAAAUAGUUGGUACCAGUCCGCAAGGGCAACUCAUCGCCUCCGUUUUACACCCUCGUGGUAGUAUCGCGGAAUUCUUGCUUGCCGAUGGACUUGCAAGAUGCAAUGACUUCCACUCUACCUUACUCGGUCCGAAGAUGGCAGCUUUGAGAGCAGCCGAAAAGAAGGCCCAGGCGGCUAAAUUACGCCUCCAUAAGGACCACGUAGCCAAGGCUGAGGGUGGUAGCUCAUCCGAUAUGAUUGUCUCGAAAAUCCAAGGAGCGGACGCAAUAUUUGUUCGUACUAAGAACGGUGCUGAGAAGCGAAUCAACCUUAGUAGUGUUCGGGGUCCUAGGACCAACGAGCCUUCCGAAGCCCCUUUUAGAGACGAGGCAAAGGAAUACCUUCGAAAGAAACUAAUUGGUAAACAUGUUAAAGUAUCUAUCGAUGGACAUCGGCCUGCUAGCGACGAUUUCGAGGCACGUGAUGUAGCUACUGUCACUGAGAAAGGCAAGAAUAUCAAUCUUCAACUAGUUCAAGAUGGUUGGUGUUCGGUGAUUCGGCACCGUAAGGAUGACACCGAUAGAGCCCCGAACUACGACGAGUUACUUGCGGCUCAAGAAAAGGCAAAAGAAGAGAAGAAGGGUAUGUGGUCUGGAAAGACAUCAAAAGCUAAGACGUAUGUCGAUGUUUCAGAGUCUGUCCAGAAAGCCAAAAUUCAGCUUUCAACUCUUCAACGUCAAAAGAAGGUACCCGCGGUAGUCGAUUUCUGCAAAGCUGGCUCAAGAUUUACCAUCAUCAUUCCUCGAGAAGGAGUCAAGCUCACUAUGGUGCUUGCUGGCGUUCGUGCUCCUCGAGCACCUCGUUUACCUCAAGAGAAGGGCGAGCCCUUUGGGCAGGAGGCGUUAGAUCUUGCCAACCGCCGAUGUAACCAGCGUGACUGCGAAAUCGAUAUUCACGACAUUGACAAAGUUGGUGGGUUCAUUGGCGACCUCUACCUUAACCGCGAGAGUUUUGCCAAGGUAUUAGUAGAGGAGGGCCUUGCGUCUGUCCAUAAAUACUCAGCGGAGAAAGCCGGUAAUGCCACUGAGCUUCUAGCUGCCGAAAAGCGUGCAAAGGAAGGCCGUAAAGGCAUCUGGCAGGACUGGGAUCCGUCACAAGACGAAGAUGUUGAAGAAGAGACUACUAACGUAGAGGCUUCAAAUGACGCUGCGCCCACGGAUAAACAAGCUUCCGAUUACCGGGAGAUAGUCGUCACCAACAUUGAUGCUAACGGGAGAAUCAAAAUUCAGGAAGUUGGAAAGGGAACUUCCGCUCUAGAAAUUCUAAUGAACGAGUUCAAAAAGUUCCACAUCGACUCCAAGAACAACAAGCCCCUUGCUAAUCCCCCCAAGACCGGCGAAUUCGUGGCGGCUAAGUUUACAGCUGAUGGUCAAUGGUACCGUGCACGGGUGCGGUCGAAUGACAGGACUGCUAAAGUUGCUGAAGUCGUCUAUAUAGAUUAUGGCAACAGCGAAAAGAUCCCCUGGUCUAGCCUCCGAGCACUGGACCAGCCACAGUUCACAACGCAGAAACUCAAGGCACAAGCUACCGAUGCCGCACUCUCGUUCAUCCAGCUGCCCACUGCCCCCGAUUACUUCAAUGACGCACUAAACUACAUUGCCGAGGUCACAGAUGGUCGAAAAUUAGUGGCCAGCUUCGACUUCGUGGAUCAGAAGGAAGGCUUGAGUUAUAUCACUCUGUUCGACGAGAAGAAGCCGAGUAGCACCUUUACAGACUCGAUUAAUAAGGACGUCGUGGCAAAUGGUCACGCGCUUGUACCCAAGAAGUUGAAGGCAUGGGAGCGCGGACGCGCUUCUGAAGAAGUGCUGAAGAAGCUACGCGACGUUGAGUCCCAGGCCAAGGCGGACCGCUUGGGUAUGUGGGAGUAUGGUGAUAUUACCGAGGACUGA